GAGACGAUAACUUCCUUAUCUUUUAUUUUCAUUCCCUUCGAGUCUCCAUAGUCUCUUCCUCGCUUUCGCCAGCAGAAAUAUCGGAAGCUUCAGUCCACCCACCAACUGUUCGACGAAAUUCCAAAAUGGAAGCAGCCAAGCCCUCGCUCAUUCAACCCGACUUCUCUCCACUUCCACUCCAACACACCACGGACCACCCACGCCCACUCGUCUCCGUCACCAGAAGACUCGCACUGUCCGCCUCACUCUCUUCCCUCGUCCUCUCGUUCUCACCGACGCUUCUCCGACCCGGACCCGCGAAGGCCUUCGACUUCGGGUUCGUCAAGCCCGGCCAGACGGUCGAGGACGCGGUGGGCGCAGUCCGGGGCCACGCGUGGUCGCUCCUGGCGGUGAAGCCCCUGCUGGAGUCGGGGUCGUGGGAGGAGGCGCAGCGGGAGAUGCGCGAGAGCUCGGCCCUCCUGAAGCAGGACUUCUACACGAUCAUCCAGAGCAGGCCCGGGGGCGAGAGGCCGAGGCUGAGGAAGCUGUACUCGGACCUCUUCAAUGGCGUCUCGAGGCUGGACUACGCCGCGAGGGAUCGGGACGGCCCUCGCGCGUGGCGGUGCUACGAGAAGAUUAGCGCCGCGCUUGAGGAGAUUUUAAGUCUAAUAUUAUGAAGUUUCGCCGAGACGCCGGCAUAUUUCGUUGGCGGCGUUGCAUCCACGUGUACAUCCACCGAGGUUUUAAA